CAGGACUAACUCCUUGACACACUCACAGAGAGACCACACUGGCUUCUCAUGCGCACUCACCGUUUGCUCAUGAGGACACUGCUGAGGUUUCAGGGUGGAAGAAUGGGGCAGUGUUCUGAGUUUGUCACCCUCUCUGUUUGACUUUGGGUCGGUCCUUGUUUUUUUUUUGUUUUUUUUUUAAACAUUACACUUAAGAAGACAGAUUGGAUAUCAGGCUGCCAGCAGGCCGCCUGCUAUUUGACAUUCAAGAUGAAGAAGUUUUUGCAAAACAAAAAAGGCAGAUACUCUUUCCGGCGGGGCUCUCGGUAUCCAUCCAAAGAUUUCUUCCUCAGCAUGCCGUCGUCCAAUCAGGGCUGGCCUGAGGAGUUCGGCUUCCAACUUGGUGGCAUUGGACCCAGCUACAUCCUAUCUGUGGAGGAGGGCAGCAGCGCACACCUGGCGGGGUUGCAAGCUGGGGACCAAGUCCUGGAGAUCGAGGGCCACAAUGUGUCAACGCUGGGUCCCCAAGCUGUCAUCGCCAUCGCCCAGACUCAGAAAAACAUCCCUCCCAGUAUCGGAGUGGUGUCCCGCAUACAGCAGAUGGACAUCAUACCAGGUCCAGACGGUCGUUUCGGAUUCACCAUCGUAGGAGACUGCCCCCUGCUGGUGGAGGACUGCUCGCCAUGCUCCCCAGCCGGCCGAGCAGGUCUGAGGGCCGGGGAUUACGUCAUGGAGGUCAACGGCAUCCCCGUUAGGCAGCAUGAGACGGCCGCAGCGCUGAUCAAAGCGUCCCAGGGAAGAACGCUCCGUCUGGGGGUGCUGUGUCUCGGCCCAAGGCAGAAACGUAGCAUCAGCAUAGAGGACAGUCAGAUGGGAGGAGAGGGGGCAAGACUGGACCGGAAGCAUAAAGCUCUGGAGUUCAACAGAAAGGUCGACCAGAUAUUAGGUGACGAGCCUGAAGUAAAAGAGAAACUCUUUGCCGUGCUGAAGCAGUACGCGGCCGAGAAGAGAGUCGAGUGGUUGGCCGCGGUGCUGCCUGAGAUACUCACCACAGAUGAGCACCGGCAACUCAUCUCCAGCAUCAGAAUCUUCAUUCCCAAGAAGCACCGACAGCGCUUCGACGAGUCCGUGAACCAGAACGUGAUCAACCGGCUCUGCCGCAGCAAGAGCAUCAGCGAGCCGCAGGGCAGGAUCCGGCGCAGUCGGAGCGAGGAUCAUUCAGACCGCCACCAUGGGUCCAAACGGGCCAGCUCAGUGCCCAGAGAUGGAGAACCCGGAGGGAGGGGUGAGGGGGAAAGAGACAGGGGCUUGAGGAAGUCCGUCUCUGGGAUGCCUGCACAUCCCCCGAUAGGACCCAAUCAGAGGAUCGUUCGUGUAUACCGGGGGAAGAAGAACUUCGGCUUCACGCUGCGAGGUCACGCCCCCGUCUGCAUCGACUCCGUUAUCCCAGAUAGUCCUGCUGAGGAGUGUGGACUGAAAACAGGUGAUCGUAUCCUCUUCCUCAAUGGACUGGACAUGAGAAACUGUUCCCAUGAGAAGGUGGUGUCCAUGCUGCAGGGCAGUGGGGCGAUGCCCACUCUGGUGGUGGAGGAGGGUCCUUCUGAGUACUCCUCAGACCAUACCGACCCAGAAGAAUCUCCAAGCAUGGCCACCACCACGUUACCGCGCUCCAGGUCUCCAGCCCUCAGCUCUCUGCAGUGGGUGGCAGAGAUUCUUCCACCCAGCAUCAAAGUCCACGGGCGGACCUUCAGCCAGCAGCUGGAGCACCUGCUGACCAUCCAGGAGAGGUACACAGUCUGCAAGGCCCUGGAGACCUUCUUCCAGCACAGGAAUGUGGACACUCUGAUAGUGGACGUGUUUCCGGUGUUGGACACUCCGGCCAAACAGCUGAUCUGGCAAUUCAUCUACCAGCUACUGACGUACGACGAGCAGGAGCGCUGCCAGGGCAAGCUGUCUCGCUUCCUGGGUUUCAAGAGCAGCGCGGUGUUGGAGCCUGACGUCGGCGCGGAGCACCACCGGCGGAGCAGCUCGAUGCGUGUGACAGGGACGUCGUAUCGCAGCAGCCUCCGAGAGAGGAGCUCUGACGACUGCAUCAUCGGGACUCACCUGGGAAUGGGAAUUCAUGUGGAUGAAUCUGGGAGCCCAGAGGAGAGGCAGUCAGGAGAUGGAACUUCCUUCCCCGAGUCCCCUGACCUCAAUCAUAUGACAGGGGUGUACACGGAGCUGGAGAGUGUGUACCCAGGGAAGAGUGUGUCGCCGCUGCAGGGCGGCUCCUCAGCCGAGCCAGAGGGGACGGGACAGACUGAGGCCUACGGGCGCUCUCUCUCCCCCCUCACACUCCCCCCUCUCACAGGUAACCGUAAAUCUGGCCUGUCCCUGUCCUGGAAGGAGCCUCUCCCCACUCCCGUGUACGAGAUCCACCACCAGAGCAGCGUGGACUCCAACCCCUACGUCAGCCUGGAAAGCCCCCCAGCCUCCCCACAGCACUCGGAUGGCGGCCCCACCACGCUGACCCGCCGCAAGAAGCUGUUCACAUUCUCCCGCCCGCCUCGCAGCCGGGACACGGACAAGUUCCUGGACGCUCUGAGCGAACAGCUGGGCCACCGAGUGACUCUGGUGGAUGACUUUGUACCUGGGGAGAACGACUAUGAGGAGAUGAGUUUCCAGGAGGACCAGGACGUGGGAUUCAUGCCUCGACAGCUCAGCAGCGGCAGCAGCGAGGACCACAGUAGCAGCGACGAGGCCUCCACUCCCACCUACUCCUCAGGAUCUGAUCCCAUCCCGCCACCUCCAACCCAGAGCCCUCCGCCUCCCCCACCUUUCCAGUCUCUGAUACCGCCCCCCGUUCAAUUCACUGACCCCCUGCCGCCAGUCCGCUUCUCCCCCGAGCACAUCCCCCGCAGCCGGAUGCCCUUCCAGCCGCACCACCCCAUCAUCCCUCCACCUCCGCCCCCUCCGAGGACCCUCCUGUCCAGCCGCUCCCCUCUACACAAAGUGCUCCCCACCAGGGAGGAAGCAGAGAAAACUCACCAGCGCUUCCAGUCCACCACCACCACCGGCCGCCUCUCGCACGGCCACACCACCCUGGGUUCCAGCACCCUUCGCUCCUCCCAGCCGUCCCGCCCCUGCUACCUCCCCCGGCAGCUCAGCCAGCCCCAGCCUAUCCUCCAGCCCAUGAUCCAGCCGUCCCCUCAGCCCUCUCCUCAACCGCUGAGACCUAGCCAGCUCGUCCUCCAGCGGCACCACCAGCUCCACCAUCAGCACAGCUACCAGGGCCCGCUGCCGCCAUCCCUCCAGGAUCACAGCCCGUCCCAGGGUCAGAACCAAGGCCCCGCGGGCUCCUCAAUGAUCGCAAAACCUCCAGCUUCUCACUCCACCCUCCCCAGUCACACCAAAACCUACGAAACCCCACAGCAGGAGCAACAGUCACAACAACAGGCGCCGCCGCCCCCGCCUCCACCCCUGCCCCCACCCUGCGAACCGCCUCCACUGCCCAAGUCGGGCCAACACGCCUCGGACACCAACCACAUGAGUGUGAAGAGGCUGCGCUGGGAGCAGGUGGAGAACUCUGAGGGAACCAUAUGGGGUCAGCUCGGAGAGGACUCGGAGUAUGACAAGCUCACUGACAUGGUGAAGUACUUGGACCUUGAUCUGCACUUCGGGACUCAGCGCAGAUCCAUCUCUCCUCCAGAGCCGGCCUUCAUGCCAGAGAACUUUAAAAAGAAAGACGUGGUGGAGAUUCUGUCUCAUAAGAAAGCCUACAACGCCUCCAUCCUCAUCGCCCAUCUGAAGCUCUCCACCACCGAGCUGCGCCAGGUCCUGAUGAACAUGACCACCGACAGGCUGGAGCCGGCUCACAUCAAGCAGCUGCUGCUCUACGCGCCGGACGACGAGGAGGUCAAACAGUACGAGCAGUUCGAGCAGGACCCGGCCAAACUGAGCGAGCCCGACCAGUUCAUUUUCCAGAUGCUGAUGGUGCCUGAGUAUAAGACCCGUCUGAGGAGCCUCCACUUCAAGACGACCCUGCAGGAGAGGACGGAGGAAAUGAAGGUUGCUUACGAUUACAUCUACAAGGCUUCGGUGGAGCUGAAGAGCAGCAAGAAGCUGGCCAAGAUCCUGGAGUUUGUACUCGCAAUGGGGAAUUACCUGAACAACGGCCAGCCCAAGAGCCGCAGGACAACCAGUUUUAAGAUCAACUUCCUAACUGAGCUAAGCACAACCAAAACAGUGGACGGGAAAUCCACCUUCCUCCACAUUCUGGCCAAGUCUCUGUGCCAACACUUCCCCGAGCUGCUCAACUUUUCCAGAGACCUUACAACAGUGCCUCUGGCAGCCAAGGUGAACCAGAGGGCCAUCACAGCUGAGCUGACUGACCUUCAUAACACCAUUCUGGACAUCAGGAAGGCCUGUCUGAAGAUCCCGCCCACCUCUGAGGACCACUUUGCCUCCGUCAUGAGCAGCUUUUUGGAGAACAGCCAUCCUGCGAUCCAGUCUCUGGAGUCCCUGCAGACGCGAGCAAUGGAGGAGUUCGCCAAGGUGGCCUCCUUCUUCGGAGAGGACAGCAAGUCCACCAGCACGGAGUCCUUCUUCGGCAUCUUUGCAGAGUUCAUGUGCAAGUUUGAGAGAGCUCUCAGCGAGACUCAGUCUCCAGAAAACCCCAGAAGCCCCAGACUGUCUUCCCCUCUGGCCUGGUAGGAGCAAGAAAUGCGGGCGGAUGUCGGGCCAAACCGACAGGCCGGCCGGCUCCGUUUUCACUCUGCUCUCCACAACCAAAGUGCCAAGAUCACACACAGAGACACUCAAACCAACGGGAACAGAGACCACGUCAUCUAUAGCAAGCAGAAUGGAAACACACUAUCUAUGUGUCAAUAAGGACAACAGCUAAUGAGUGCCCCGUGUGCUACGUUACUGUUACUCCAGGUGCUGGGUAGAGCAGGAUCAUUCAGGUGUCCACAGGUCAACAGGAACUCGCCGCACACUGACGACUCAAACCAGUCUUUACAUUAGUUACAUCUCUUUUUAACACGCGUCACACAGUAGACACAGUGAAAGAUACAUCAGAGAAACUGUCCCAUUGCUCCAGUGCAUCUUGAUGCUGCAUUAAAAUGAGAUGUAACUAAUGGAAAUCACCGGUCUGGAGAUUUACAGAUUACUUGCUAUGUUUAAUACAUGACUAUAUAAAGUUUAUAUUUUCUAUCAGAUCAUAUUUGAAACUUGUAAAGAUUAAGCACAGAUGUAGACUGACAACAGUUAACUAGAAUCAAGUGUAGUUUAGUUAGCGUGUACAGAGCCAGGAUCAGAUCAGAUAGUUCAUACAGCGGUGUGUUCACUGCCUCCCAUACAGCAGGAUUUGAUUUACAACUAGUAAAUGUAAGAGUUUCUUUUCAACAUCAUGUGUCCACACUGCUGGUCUACACGUACAGAUGUCAUCUCACCUACUGUGAAUUAAAAGGGCAUGGAUUAUGGGAAUUAUGAUCAAAUUUAAAGAUAGUCUUACUCUCCUUAAGGCCACAGGGAGCUAAAGUCAUUCACUGUUGUGACUGACUGGAUAUGGCCAACAUUUUUAUAGAUAAAACAGGAAGUUCAACAGAAUGGAAGCAAAGCAAUGCCAUGAAGAUUAUAAUUUUUUGAAUCAUUGGAAUACUUUUUGUGAAUUUUAUCCACUACUGAAUUCUUAAUAUUCAAAUCAAAAUUAAAGUUAUAGCAUUGAAAUUUUGCUGUCAGAAUUUAAAUGAUUUGUGAAUUCCCGUUUACAAAAUUUGCAGUUGCAAGAUGAACAAAUGAAUAACAGUUGAAAGUAUUUGAAAUGUCCAUCCCCGUCUAGCUAUGAUGCUAGUUAGCCAAC